UCAAACGUAUUGAUGUUUGUACAACUGCGAUAUAUUCAUCCGAUCUGUUGCUAGAUGUCAUGUUAAAAUGUUUUUCAGACACAUCAUUUGAUACGUUUGGUCGAUAAUACGUAGUCACCGCUGACGACGGAACCUUCGUCGCGACGAAGCAGUUCUUUGUCAUUAAUUGUCACUGAAUGGAGAUGUCUGAAAUACGAAACGCCACGUCAACUGGGAGGGCAAAGCUGGGCGUCGGCGCCGGGGCCGACGUCGACGCCGGCGCCGACGGUCGGACAGGUAUAAGCAUUCGUGCCGGCGCGACGCUCAUGAAAAGUGUUUCCAUUUUCUUGACGAGUAGUCGCAGGGCGUCGGCAAACUCAAAGCGACAAAUCUCUGGCGCUUCUGACAAGGACGAGUCAUCAAGAAGAAGACGUCGCCGAAAGAUGCCAGAAGGCGGAGGCGUCAGGAAUUCCGCAUACAUCGUAAAAGUGAUCGAAUCUCUUAAAAAAAAGACGAGAUUUUCCAGGGUGGAACUGGAUAGUCUCUGCAAACUUUACAAGAAAUUGACUACCAAUUCCAGCCAACAACAAGUUGGACGAUCGAUAUCUAUCGGCAGAAGGCCACAAUCGAGGCCAGCUGUCGAGAGAAUUGAUAGAACUAUUUUUCGAGAACUCCUUCACAACACGUUUCACGUAAUCACCGAGGACAUUCUGGUAGAGCGCUUGUUUUGCUGCUGGGAUCGAGAGAUCGAAGGUGCUAUCAGACUUGAACCGUGGAUCAUGGGACUAGACGUGUUCUUGCGAGGUAGUCUGCGUGACAAAAUCGUUUUCUGCUUUCACGUGUACGAUCUAAACAACGACGGAUACAUCACAAAAGACGAAAUCUUUCAGCUGCUCAAAAAUUGCCUGAUAAAGCAGCCCGGUGAAGAAGAUCCAGACGAAGGAGUGAAAGAUCUGUCGGAGUUAGCCUUGAAGAAACUCGACGUUGAUCACGAUGGAAAAAUAUCAUUUCGAGAUUAUGAGACAGCAGUUAUAGAGGAACCGUUAUUAUUAGAAGCAUUCGGACAUUGUUUGCCUACUGAUGAAAGCUGCGCAGAUUUCUUGAUGACUCUUCAACCCUGAAAAUAUACACAAAAUUAGUUAUAGA